AUGAAGCUCCUUUUUCCUAUCUUUGCCAGCCUCAUGCUACAAUACCAGGUGAACACAGAAUAUUUUGGCUUGAAAAGGUGUUUAAUGGGUUUUGGGAGAUGCAAGGACCAAUGCAAUGUGGAUGAAAAACAGGUGCAGAAAUGCAAGAAGAAAAAAUGCUGUAUUGGACCAAAAGUGGUUCAUUUGAUAAAAAGCUACCUGCAACAUGAAAUGCCCUCCACACUGGGCAAAGAUGCUGAAGAAAUACUAAAAAUUACCAAGAAUUCCAGUGCUAUGAAACAAAAAAAACAUAUUUUAUCUAUUCUCCCCAACAUCAAAAACUCCAGCUUUUUUGUCAAUACCAACAUGUUCUUCAUCCCAAAUGCUACCUCUAUAAAUUUUGCCACCACCAGCACCUGGACCCCAGGACACAGCACAUACACUACUAAUUCUACCAAGAGAAACACCAAAAAAAACAAAUAUUCUGCCAUUGUCUUCCCACCACCCACCACAUAA